AUGGAAAAAGGGUUGGGAAUCGAAGUAGCAGAUUAUUCAAAUAAUAUGGUUAAUCAAGGAGAAGAUGAAGAUACAGAUUAUAAUAACAUUGAUGAUUUAUUAUCAGAGGAUUUAGGUGCAUCUACACUAGAGAUUGGUACCAUCAAAAGGAAAAGACAGAAAAAAUAA